GGGGUGCGCGCGUUCCCGCCGAAACUGGGGGGGACGGCGGUGGCAGCGGCGGGUGAGGUGGGGGGAGCGCGCGCUCCCGCGGACUCUAGCCUUAUGCAGGCACAACGCUGGCUCCGCUAAGAACAAGUCAGAGGUGGCGGAAGAAGCGGAGGCGGCGGCCGAGGAGGAGGGAGCCGAGCGGAGCCAGUCGGCGCCAUGGAGGAGCUGAGCAGCGUGGGAGAGCAAGUCUUCGCUGCCGAGUGCAUCCUCAGCAAGCGGCUUCGCAAGGGCAAGCUGGAGUAUUUGGUGAAGUGGAGAGGCUGGUCUUCCAAGCACAACAGCUGGGAACCUGAAGAGAAUAUUCUUGAUCCAAGACUCCUCUUGGCUUUCCAGAAGAAGGAACAUGAAAAAGAGGUACAAAAUCGGAAAAGAGGCAAACGACCCAGAGGCAGACCAAGAAAAAAUGUUGAACCUGAAGCCCCAUCCAGGAGCAAAUCCAGCAGCUCUUCAUCCUCCACCUCCUCUUCAACUUCCUCUUCUGAUGAAGAGGAGGAAAGUGACCUUGAGACAAAGAGAAGUCAGCGGAACAGGGAGAGUCACCCAGUGCCUCAAAAGAAAGCUCAGAUUUUAGUUGCCAAACCUGAAAACAAGGACUCAGCUAGGAAGAAACGUGGGCGGAAGCCACUGCCUCCUGAGCAGAAGGCAGCCAAGAGGACAGUCAACCUAACCAAGGUGCUUAAAACAAAUAGAAAGGAGGUAGGAGGGGGAGGGGGGGCCAAAUUGGCAAGCAAGAUGCAGCCACAACACAAUGCUCAAAGUUCUGGCAUUGCCAUGCUUAAAUCCCACAUGAAGGAAGCACAAGGUGCCUUUGGUGGCUUUUGUUCUGGAGCAUCCUCCAAUGAUAACCUCUCCAGCAUAGUGAAGAAUUCUACAGUUGGAAGCCCAAAUUGCGGUAUCAGCUGGCAAAGCUCCAUUGUCCAUUAUAUGAGUAGGAUGUCACAGAACCAGAGCUCUGCAGACGCCUCUGCAGUGGGACGACUGACUCUGAAGUCAGCUAUGUCCUGCAAGAGCAACCUAGGUUUGGAUUUAAAACUAAAAAACCAGAAGGGUUCCGGAAACUUGGAAUUGACUGUGCAAGGAUCCAAAGUGACCAAGAGACCGAGUGGCAAUUCCUUGGGGGAACAAAAGACAGGAAAUUUGCACAAUGGCAACAAAGUUCCUUCUGGCUCUCCCAGCACCCAGCCAGCUUGCAACCAAGAGCUCAACCUACAAGCUUUAAAUCUGCAAAGUGUGAAGAAUGGGCCAAACUCCACCAGCGGUAACCACAUUUCUCACCAUGGCUGCGGGGCAGUUGGCAAAGGCAGUGGCAACAGUUUAGCAACAAAGACAAAUGUAUCCAAGGGCAGCGGGCCUGGGAGUGGCCAGAACAUUGCCAACACAGGGGCAACAUCAACAGAUGCAGAUCCUUGCAAAGGUGAGAAACCGGCACAAAGAGCAUCUAUUAGUGAGAGAGAUGGGGCCACCAAGAGUAAUACCACCUGUGCCCAGGUAUGUCCCACAAAAGACAAGACUUCAGGCAUGUCAGAAGGGAGCACCGGAGAAGAGGAGACUAGUUCUGAUUCUGACAGAGAUUCUGCUUCUUUUCCUGGAGGAGACCAGAAUACGUCUCUCUCUAUCCAGACUAGCCAGGACUGGAAACCUACCCGGAGUCUUAUUGAACAUGUUUUUGUCACAGAUGUGACAGCUAAUUUGAUCACAGUAACUGUUAAGGAGUCUCCAACAAGUGUGGGGUUUUUUAACCUAAGACAUUAUUGAGCUCCAAGGCAGAUAAGCAUUCUUCCUCCAUCUCAUUUGACUCUUGGAUAUUAGAAGAAGAAACAAAUCACAGUAGUUAGCAAUCAGAGAAAUAAGCUUAGGGACUCUUUUGGCUUUACUUGUGUUACUUGCCAAUUCAGAGGAGUGUAGUGAAAACUACAACCCCAUGCUUUGCUGUACUUGAAUACUUUAGCUAUAUGAUUUGAAAUACCAGAGGAUUUUAUCAUUCAAGAGAACAAAUAUAUAUUCAUAUACAUAUAUAUAUUCAUUCUCCUGAAUAGUUUCUCUAAGAAAAAUAGUUCCUUAUUUUUUCUUCCAAAUGAUGAAGUUUCAACACUUCUAAGCUCCUAGAACUAAUUACAUUAGUUUGGAAAUUUGUGAACAGAUCUAUAUUUAGGAUACCUGCCAAGGGCCAUAUAAAACGUUUGUCUUAAGGGAAUGUAUGUAAGACAUACUUCCAACUUGCUUUGGAAACUAGAGGGUAUGAUAUAUAAGACAGCAUUGGUUUGGAGCUGGGACUAACAGCUAUCAAGUGAGUUUGGUUCAGGUCAAGCAUUGAUCUCUAGAACUUUCAGAAAUAGCAAUUCACUUGUUUGGACCAGUGUCUCAAGAACUUGAAAAAAAAGUAUGCUUUUCAACCUGCCAAAUAUAUCAGCAGAUACAGGAAAUCAACCUUGGAGAACUGCGGAACAAUGUUCUCAAGAACUUGAGAAGACAAUAUGUUUUUCAACUUGCCAAAUGUCAGCAGAUGUCACUCAGAGGAGAAUGCUGUCUCCUUUUCAACAUCUGAGUGUACAUGAGUGUACACAUGAAUAUGUAAUUCAGGAAGCUUUUACACAUUGGAAAAUUCUAUAUGGAAACCAGUUCCAUGUAAAAUGUGAUAUGUGUAAACCAUUGCUUAAAUAAGCCAUGUGUUCUGAGGAAUUAUAUAUGCUUAUAUGGUUGAGACCCGUUGUGAGUCCCCAGUGUGUUCACGUACACAUGCACACAGAUACACAUUUUGUAUGCUGUUGCUUACACAGAAGAAAUGGGAAGAAAGCAAAAUUAGAAAUUUUGAUGAUGUAGAGAUUUUAUAAGAAUAAGAUGCCUUAUAAUGUGAGAUGAAAUACUAUUGAUGGGUGCUGUUCAAAAUGAGUUGAGAAUCUUUGGAAUCAGAAAGCAGGUUUUUGAAGUUUCUAUGCAAUUGUUAUCUUUUGUAGGCCUAGAUGCUCUUUUGAGUUGGGAGUUUGAUUGUUUGCUUGCAGACAUUUCAUUACCAAACUACGUAACAUCAUCAGUGUUAGUGAGUAUGGUGUUUGCUGUCUGAGUAUGGGGUCACACACCCCAUCAAUACUGGCAGGGCAAAUUGGUGUACUGUAUAAAAACAUGGGGCAAACACCAGAGUCACUAGCACUGAUGAUGUUACGUAGUCAAAGAAUGAAACAUCUGCAAGCAAACAACCAAGCUCAGAGAGCAUCUAGGACUCCACAGUCCGAUCCUGAGGUACAAAUAUUCUCUUCUGUUGGUGAUAUCUUUCUACUUACUCUUACCUGCAAUAACUACAAAAAAAUAUUGCAGAUGGCAAGAUAACAUUGUGAUACAAACUGCCACUUACUUUUAUUUGAUCUCUACCUAUGUCCUGUCUCCCAAUUAAAUUCUGCUACAGGGCAUCGCUACAGGGCAGAAAUGAUUGAAACCUCUCUUUGUUUUAUUGCUCCAGCAAAGGCUGGCUUUAUCAUUACCUUGAGUGGGAAGCUAAUGUAGGAAACCAGAGAGGAUAAACUGGAGUGAAAACAUCCUUGAACCUAUAUUUAAUUUAGGCUACCUGCUUUUUGAAGUCAAGUGAUGAUUCAGUUUAGGUUUCUGUUAUUUCUCUCAGAACAGGUGCUUCCUGUUGGUCAAAAGCCAUGGUCUAGGUUUGGGCAGCACUAAGCUCUGUCAAGUCAAUUGACAGUCAAGCUCUGCCAGAAUUUGACUGUGUUCUAACAGUGCGCUUCUGUGAUAAGUCCCCAUACUUAUAGCACACUCAGUAAAAAGAAACCGGUAGAAACAGGGAAUGUUAAAUUGAUUAUAGGGAAUUUUAUUGAAAUGGGUAUUUUUGCAUCUUUCAAAGUCAUAAAGUAUGUAAUGUUGGAUCACUGUUUAUCAGACCCAUUCUACGGUAAAGCGAUGCAAAGGUUUUGUUCAAAACUGUAUGUUAAGAUCACAGUUUACUUUGUUGUGUGUAUUUCGUAAUGUGAAAUUGGUUUCCAGGUUUUCGGAUCAUUUGAAGCAUUGGCUUAGCCUACUACUUUCCUUGCUCUUUCUUGUAGUUUCUCUUUUGUAUUGCUGAUCCUUUUAUGCUACAGCCAUACGAGCUGUGAAGCUAAGAAAAGGCAAGAUGGCAAAUUUAUCAGGGAUAAAGUGUUGCUCAUGCUUAUAUUAGCUAGUAUGAUUUUUUUAAAAUAAAUUGAUGUGGAAGCUUAUCUUUUUCACCAAAGUUUAAUCACAUAGAAAACAGUUCCAAGGAAGUCCAUGAGAUUUGCUUCCAUAGAGCUGUAAUUUAAAUUUAAUAUGCCGGGUUGUAAGUGCACUGAAUGAGUCUUCUGCAAACAGUGCUCCUAGUUCUUUACGCCUACUCCUCUUGAUGUGUACUGCUGCUGAAUAAGGUAACAGAAGCUGACCCAGGGUUUUCCAAAGGGCCCGCCUCUAGAUAGAAUGCCUCAAGCUUCAGGCUUAAUAUAAUCUAUUCAGGUAGCAUUUUCAGAAUUUCAUAACCUUCCUGGUUUAGCCCAGAGCUGACUGGGGUCUCAGCUCUCCAUAUUGGUUCCAACUCACCCUAUUAAUUCCAACAAUAUUCUUUGUUUAAAUCAGACGGCAGAGGAGAAAUCUCUGUUUGCUAGUCUGUGAGGAUGUGACUUGUUAUAAUGUAAAAGAGACCACCCAGUGGCUAUAUUAUAAACACCUGAAAAUAGCAUAAGAAAACAAGGCAUUUGUUCUGAAUCGUAGAUUUGUCUGGCUUUCUCAUUCAGUGCUUUUAAUCAGGUGCCCUCUUUUCCGCACUUGCUCUCCAUUAGUGCAGUACUCUGUAAGUUGUGUAUUCCUCGGAGUCAGAUUACACAAUUCCCAUUUCCCUUUUUUUCUGGAAGUCUCCCCACCUCAACAACUAACCUCCUUAGAGUGCCCAACAUUAUCUAGGGCAGUGGUUCUCAACCUUUUAAUACGGCGACCCCCGGUCACACGGACGCGGCGCGCAUGUGCGGCGGCGCCCCCAUGCGCGGCAUGCAUGCGUGGCGGCGCCCCCUGAGGGGGAAAAAUGGCAGAUCGCGUUGUUUGGCGACCCCCAUAAAAUGGUCGUUCGACCCCAAAUGGGGUCGCAACCCAUAGGUUGAGAACUGCUGAUCUAGGGGCUUCUGUCCACUUACUUUAAGAUGUCAGUGUGUAAUACUGAAGGGGCUGCCUUAGUCGAUCAUUUAAAUGCCUUUGGUAAAAUCUGCCAAAUUUAGAUAUUGUAGACCUAGAAGAUAAUGUCAAAGUUACAAAGUGUGCUCUUUGUAGUAAUUGGUACAUCCCACUUGGAUAGUAUCAGUGAGGGAUCUGAGGAACUCAGAUGAGAAUGCCUGCUGUCUCAGCUCUUUUGUGCAUUUCCUGUGGGAGCUGUCCUUGGCUAAAUUCUUUUUAAUUUCUAUCAUGUGCCUUUUAGUUCUGGAUGCAUGUUGACAAUAUUUUGAUAAUUCUGCCAAAGUAGAUGUCUCUGUGGAGAACUAAGAUUCUGGAGCAGAGUUAGAAGAGGAGGAUACACAGCAAUUCAGUUAAAUGAAGUCAGCUUUCUCUUAGACCCACCCAACCCAGCCUUUCUUGUAGAAGCUACUAUCUUUUCCCAUUAAAUUCCAUUAAAAUAAUGGCUAAUAUUGCUUAUGGACUUGAAGAAUUUGGUGGUUUCAGAAAUAGUUCCUCCCACAAAGUUCUGUUGUCCCCAGUCCAAUUUCUCAGGUCCUUGCUAUGCUGCCUAUGUAUGUAUGCAUAUGCACCUGUAUUACUUUGCUCUUGCAGGACUGCUGCUUCUGUUAGCCUACAUGCAAUGUUGUCUUGUUGUUCUUUAAGUUUCGCAAGUCGCUUCUGCUUCUGUUUAUUUUCAAUACUCAUUUUUUUCCAACUGUUAUCUGUAAUGUGCAACUAUUUCCUCUCUCAGAGAUGCAUUCCUCCUUUGGGGGGGUUGUCUACAAUGUCAGAUUCUUAAUUCUGGUUUUCAGUCAGUUCCAUUUAAAACAAGCUUUCUAAUCUCCAGCUUGUUUGGAAAACUGAAAUGCUCUCCUUCAGAAGCUCAAAUGCUGUGCCUUUUGGUUAACCAGCUGUUUCAGUUUCAAAGUCCAAAGUCCUAAAUCUCUUAUCUGAAUGAGCAAGUUGGCAUAUUCUUCCUUAGUUGUAUAUUGGGUAUGCAACUGAAUUCCAAAACCUUGUAUAAGCAGAUGAUGCAUGUGAGUUCACUAAUUAAGGACUCAAUUUUAUCAGUAAUGGGUAGAUAAUUGAACUUGAUGAUAAUCACUGCCCCUUUUAAUAGUCAAAGCCUACCCUUACAUGUUUUUCUUAGGCUUGUUGCUCUUCCUCUUCUGUGCAUGUUAUAUCUAUGUAACAAAUUGUUUUUAAAAGUUCUGUUGCUACUAUUCCACAUUUUUAAAACUUUUUAUAACUGUUGUGUUACUGCAUUAAUCAGGUAAAUAUUUUUGCUUUUGGAGUAACUUAAUUACUCUGUUUACACUGAGCAAAAGGGCUCAGUUUAGUCUUGUGAUUAACAUUAAUAACUGCAGUACCAAAAACUAAAGGGGAACAGAGUUACUUUAUAUAUUACAGUGUUUCUGCUACUCCAAUAAAUAUUCACUCUAUUCUGUUCCAAGCUCAGCGAAAUGCCUUUGCAAGAGACUCCUAAGAAUCGGUUCAGUGUUUCUUGCAAUGUGUAUCAACCACUGUAUGUUCCAUUUUUUAAAAAAGCCAAAUAGUUCUUGUAUGACAUUUUCUAAUUGCUUUAACUGGAGCUGCUUCUUUGCUUUUAUACUAAGAGAACAAAAGUUGGGGAUGUUAUUACCCUGGGAAAGCUUAGCUUCUUUGUUUGAGUGGGACAGACUUUCCAGGCAGAAUAUUAAAUAAGGCUGACAGCAGUGUCUGUCCACUGAUCUCACUGUGGGUUCACUGAUGCACUGGGGUUUAUUUGUUUGACCCUGGCUGUGUAGCUUGCUUGGUUCUGUUGUGUGAUGUCUAUCUCCCCAUUUUUCUUACCACUUACUCUAGUUUAGACUUGAGAUUACUAUCUUGUUUGUUUUAUUUCUUUAAUUUAUUUCCCAUCUUAAAAGAACUUUUAGACUACAUUAUGGCUGGACAGUUUUUGUAUAACUUUCAAUUCUCUGUUUUAGUAUCAAUAAAUAUUUUUGUAACUUAA